GACGGACGGACGUGGCAGUGGCGACAGCAGCGGGCACAUGUGGUGGUGCUGCUCUGCUGAAGUUCGAAAAGUUGGCCGGCCGACUCUCAGACUGGCAUUUAGUGUUGCGCGGCUUGUAAGAUCGGUCAGCAUCAUCAUCAUCAUCUUUCUUCUUUUCAACUGAUUCAGACGAUUCGAGCCGCGUGUUUAGUUUCUGUUCAUUCACACGUAUUUUGACUCUCGUUAUCCACUAUCAAUAGAAGAAAAGUUGACAGGAAAUUGAACUCUUUUAAAGUUUCUAUUUUUAACUUUGACAACUCUUUUGAAACUUUGUGUCGAUGCGGUGCCGUUGUUAAUGGUGAAGUGAGGAAAUACACGCAAGGCGAUCCACCAGAGCGGACACGAUGGGUGUUAGCACCCGCUCUAACGCCAGCAUCCUUUGGCUGUGUACCUUCUUUGUAUUUUAUGCGUUCCUCUUAUCUGCUCAUGGCCCGCUCGUGUCUUCUGCUGAGCUGGACUCAGAUCUAGUUUUUGAUAAUUUAGAAGAUCCUAAGACCUUUAGUCAAGACAAUAGUCAUAGUGUAGUUAGAAGAAAUGCGAACAGAAUAGAUUCUAGUCAAGAAAGCGAAGACGACGGAUGGUUUUCAAGUGCCUUCAGACGAGUAAAACGGGGUUGGUUUGAUGAUUGGAUAUCAACUACCACAGAAAAAUCGGAUGUUGAUUCUACAGAUGUCACCACUGGCGAUCAGGUCAUAGAAUCCACCGAUGACCCCGAUCUCACUGCUGAAUUUGCAAACAAUGUAAGAAAUCAAACUAAAUCACCUACAGAAGCCCAGUUCAUAACCGACGAUGAAGAUUUGGAUGUAACAUCAGGAGAAGGUUCGGCGGUUCCACCUGCUUUUCAUCCAGGUGGUGAAAAGCCGCCACAAUCGGGAGAUAAACCUGUAUAUUACAGAGUGGCCUUAACUGUCUUCGAGCCCUUUAGGGAAGAAUUCAGAGACCACAGAGGAAGCUUGUAUACAACUCUUUCUGAUGAAAUAGCUCGAGCAAUAAACGAUGUUUACCGGGAUGUACCUGGUGAACAAAUGGCUCAAGGGGUUGUUAAUAUUGAACCACGACCAGCCGAUUCAUUUUCAAGCAAACUGUUUGUGGAUAUUGCCUCAGUGGGAAAUAAUGAUCACAAUGCAGUUAAAAACCAUUUAUACGACUACAUACAAAACUACCACAAACUUGGAAAUUACAGGGUGUCUACCGAUGACUUCAGCUUCAGACAGUUCGAAGCUCCACCGCCAUUACCAAUCGUAUGUCAGGUAAACGAGUUGUCUUGUCGGGAUGGGAAUCAGUGUGUACCCUCUAACUCCCGUUGUAACAGUAUAAGAGAUUGCAAUGAUGGAUCUGACGAAGAAGGAUGUCCGGAAAUAACAACAUUUAGUCCAAAAGAAACGGAUGUAACAGGAACUAAUGGUACACAAGAAUUUAGAAAUGAAACCCAAGAAACCCCAUCAAGACCUCCUUCAAAAUGUCGUGCUGACGAUGUCGUCCGAUGUGGUGACACUUCCCAUUACAUUUGUGCUGACCAAGAAUGCGAUGGAUAUCCAGAUUGUCCAGACGGAGAAGAUGAGAAAAAUUGCCCCGCUGAUUGCGCCGAGGGAGAGUUGAGCUGUGACUUAGGCCGUUGCAUUCCUGUCAGCAAAAGAUGCGAUGGAGUCGAUGAUUGCACGGACAAAACUGAUGAAAUCUAUUGCCGUAAGCAUUUGCAUGCUCUUAUUUAUUUAAACUUUUAUUUUGCACAAAAGGUUCAACAGAAAUAUGCGGUUUUAUUGGUUUAA